AUGGCAGAGUCAACACCGUUUUUUGUUGAUCGAGCUAAAGGCGGCCGAGCUUCUUGUAAAGGUUGUAAAGGUAAUUGUCCUAGUGGAGAAUUACGUAUGGCAAAAUUAGUUUUUAGUCCUUACGGCGAAAAUCAACAAAUGAAAUCAUGGCAUCAUAUAGACUGUUUAAUGAAUGUAUUGUUAAAACAACGUCCCACAACAAAACGAAUAGAUUCCAUAGACGAUAUUGGAAACUGGGAAAAUAUAAGCAAGGAGGAUCAAGAAUUUAUAUUAAAGAAGAUUAAUGAGAUGGAAAAGCUUUAUGAAGACAAAAAUAGUGGAAAAUACACAGCAAAGAUUAUUAAAAAUGAAUCAGUGCCAAAAGCAAGUACUUCUUCAUCAGCUACUGAAAAGAAUGAGGAGUUAGACAUAGAGACCGAAGAUAACAAAUUUUCCACUUUUUUUUCCUUAUGUAAAAAAAUAGCUAAAGUUGAUGCUUAUACAGAAAAGACAGCAACUGUAAAUCAUUUUUUUACUAAUGGUUGUGAUGGAAAAAAGUUCCAAGGAGAUAUUGGCUUGUGGUGUAAGCUAUUGCUACCACAGGUUUCAAAACGAGUUUACAAUUUGAAAAGCAAACAGUUAGUAAAACUUUUCUCAAGAAUUUUUAAUACGGAUCAUGAUGACAUGCUCACACACUUAGAGCAAGGUGAUGUUGCAGAUACUAUAACACAAUUCUUCAAAAAGUCAAACACAUUUAAGCCUGCAUCUGAAAGUACAUUAACAAUGUACAAUAUUGAAGAUUUCCUUGAAGAUCUGUCAACAUUAACAAAAGAGGAAGAACAGAUAUACCAUUUCAAGAAAAUUAUAAAAAAAUGCACAUUGGAUGAUAUAAAAAUGUUAAUAAGAUUAAUUAAAGGUGACUUGAGGAUUAACGCAGGCCCUAAGCAUAUUUUGGAAGGUGUACAUCCAGAUGCUUAUUCAGUUUUUCAAGCAUCUCGAGACUUAGACUUGGUAUUAAAGAGGGUUUUACCUCAAAGUACUGAUGUAAAGCAUAAAGAUGCAAUCCAAAAGAAUGUAGUAGCAAAAUUAAGCCUUAUGACCCCAGUUUUACCAAUGUUAGCUGAAGCUUGUAAAUCAGUUGAAAUGGCUAUGAAAAAGUGUCCAAAUGGCAUGUUUUCUGAAAUUAAGUAUGAUGGAGAAAGAGUACAAGUUCAUAAAAAGGGUAAGGAGUUCAAAUAUUUUUCCCGAGCCUUAAAACCUGUUAUGGCACAUAAAGUUAGUCAUUUUAAAGAUUACUUGCCUCAAGCAUUUCCUAAGGGAGAUGAUUUAAUUCUAGAUGCAGAAGUCCUUAUGGUAGAUGUUAAUACUGGGAAACCUUUACCGUUUGGUACAUUGGGUAUCCAUAAGCAAUCUGAGUUUAAAGAUGCUCAGGUUUGCUUAUAUGUGUUUGAUUGCUUGUACUACAAUGGAGAGAUUUUAAUGGACUAUCCCAUAAAGAAAAGACGUAAUAUUCUACGUGAAAUUAUGGUGGAAGUUACUAACCAUGUAAUGUUUUCUGAACAAGAAGUUAUUCAUAAACCAGCUGAUCUAGCUAACAUGAUUGCUAAGGUUUUACAGUUAGGUUUAGAAGGAUUGGUAUUGAAAGAUUUAGAAUCUACAUAUGAGCCCGGUAAAAGACAUUGGCUCAAAGUAAAGAAAGACUACUUAUUUGAUGGAGCAAUGGCUGAUACAGCAGAUCUUGUUGUUUUAGGAGCUUGGUUUGGUACGGGUAAAAAAGGUGGUAUGAUGUCAGUAUUUUUAAUGGGAUGUUUAGAUACACGUCGAAAUCGUUGGGUCACAGUCACUAAAGUACAUACAGGACAUGAUGAUAGUACUUUAGAGAGAUUACAAAAAGAAUUAGGUCCUUUAAUGGUAAAAAUAUCUCAGGAUAAUACAAAAGUCCCUUAUUGGUUGGAUUGCAAUAAAGGAAUGGUACCGGAUUUUGUUGCACUAGACCCUAAGAAACAACCUGUUUGGGAAAUCACUGGUACUGAGUUAACCAAGGCAAAUUUACAUACAGCCGACGGCAUAUCAGUUAGGUUUCCCAGAGUAACUAGAAUCAGGGAUGAUAAAAAUUGGGAAACCGCUACUAAUUUAGAAGAAUUGAAACAUUUAUACAAAACAUCCAAAGAGAAAACGGAUGUGUCACUCCUAAAUAAAUUAGCUGCAACUGCUAAUGAUAAUUUUGAGUCUCCAUUAAAAAAGAUCAAACAGAGCCCUAAGAAAAAUAAGAAUCCCGUUAACCCUAUUAAAAAUGGCCGCUUAGAUUCCUUUAUUCUUAAAGAUAGACCAAAGAAAGAAGUAAAUGAAGAAUCUGAUGAAGGUGUAAAGAAGGAAGAUGUGAAAAUUGAGAGCAAAAAAAGAAAAAUGACAAGUAGCUUGGAAAAUGUAAGUGAAAACAUAAGUUUUAUUAAAGAAGAGAAAAAGUUCAAAUGUCAGUUAGAACCAGACGAUCCCCUACCAGAUGCGUUUAAAGAUAAAAGAUUAGGUUUUUAUCCAGAUUUUAUAACUAUACCAGAAAACGAAAGGAAAUUUUUCGAAAGACACUGGAUAGCUUAUGGAGGGACUAUAAUUAAAUCGUUGAAAUCUAUGGAUGUGGAUUUUGUAGUGCACAAUGAUAAAACCAUAGAGUAUAAAAAAAUGAAGAAAUUAAAAAAUAAACUUCCAUACCAUGUCCGGCAUGUUUAUAAAAGUUGGUUGAGGAAAUGUAUUAAUAAUGUUAAAUUAUGUGAUACUUCUAAUUAUGCAGUUCUUAUAGAACCUAAU